AACAAGCCCCGCUUGUCAGCGUACUAGGUGAGAUACCGUGGGCCACGGCAGUAACACGCACCCCGUUAGGCGUAUGGCAGAAAUUGACCGUCUUAUCUCCUUAUCAGUGCCCGUGUGUCCUAGAUUUGUGCACCGUUCCAUCAUUUCGACCCUCAUCUUGGCUGCAGAUGGUUUCGGGUUGUGGACGGAUCACGGGUGCGCUGCAUAACCCAGACGACACUGUACCUACCAGUCCAGUGCAUCAGUGGACCAAAGCGGAAAGCGUCGGAAGGGAAGGGAAGGCAGGAAAAAGAAAACAACCACCGCUCACGCAUCGCAUGCGGCGUAUAAGAAGAGGUACACACGAGUGUAUGUGUGUGUGUAGGUUCGCGUGGCUCAGUUGUGUGUGCGCUGCAGUUUGUCUCUAUCGGUAGAGUGCAGGUAAAGCUUGUAGCGAACGAAAGAAAGAGACAGCAAAGCAGCGGCAUCAGAAGAACAGGCCAUAAGCUCCAUCCUGUUCGCACUUGGACUCGCAAGGAGAAAGUGAGAAAGAGAGAGCGCGCGCACACCGAAGGAGAGAGCAUCACUUAUAUCACGUCGCUCGUUCGCUCACUCACUCACUCACCCGUCCAUCAACCGAUAUACGCACCAUCGUAAGAGCCGUCCGUACACGGAGAGGACGCACAGAGCGCAAACACAGCUCAGCGCCGAGCAGCUAGUUGGUAGUCCCAGCAUACGUACACACGGUCCGUUGCCGCGUGUGUGAGAGGAAAUCCGUGUGGCGAAAAGGAACAAAAAGAAAAGCAAGUGUGCAGUGUGUGCGACCACCAUUAUCACCAAUCAAACGUUUAUCAAUAAUUUCAACUGAAGUCCGUAUUCCACGUCGUACGGCUACGACGCAUCGUCUAUUGCAAGAUUUACUCCAUUACACAUUCGACGCGGCGAAAGAAAGUGCGACGGUUUUUCCUCGGUUUGUUGUGUCUGUGUGUUUGUGUGUGUGCGCGCCAGUGUCGGUGUGUGUUUGUUGCGCAGUGUGGAAAGCUAGCGAGAACGGGACCGUCUUGAGAUUGGCCGGAGGUGGCCGCUAGACUCGGCACAUCGGGAACAACGGACGCCGGAUCCACGGGGGUCAAGCUUGGCAAACGACACACGAUGGCUUGACAACACCGGCCACCGACAAGGAUAUCCGGGGGCAUCUUGCUACACUGCGAAGGAAAACCACGCCACGCAGCCGUUGUAGCAAAAGCCGUACACAAAACAUAACAUCAGCAACAAAAAAAUUAAGCCGUGCCGGCACAAGAAAAUAGUGCAAGGUGCCUACCUGACGAGCGGCAUUUCAGUCAGACGCUCACACAUUCACUCACAUAGACACGGGUCCAUGUGGCCCAGUGGAGGCGGUGGUGGCAACGGCGAGCAGUAGAGUGCCAACCAAAGGUUAAUGCGCAAACAGGCGCGGGCGCACAAGCGAGCAGCAGGCAAGAGUGUGGUGGAGUCGUGAAUGCAGCAGUAGCAAUAAAACUCCGAUGUCGUAGAGUGCAGGAGCUUAUAUCGCGAAAAGCGCUCUCUAGGCAAGCAUCUGGUGGAAGGUGCCGUUGAAACACGCAGCGGCUAGAGCGGUCCAAGUAAGAGAGCACAUACAUAAAAACGGCAGUGCACAUGCAGCAGCCACAUCGGUCACAGCAGCAGCAGCAGCAGCAGCAGCAGCAGUCGUCGUCGUCGCUCGGUUCAGUGUGGUUGCUACGAUGCGAAAGCUAAGCCUGAGUACGGGCGCAGGUAUGUCACGACAAUCGAAAAGUGCGCCUCAGGCAAAGAAGGUGAUGCCACCGGCCGUCCCCGACAUGUACGGUAAGAUCGGGAUGAGCAACGGUGGUGUUGGUGGUGGUGGCGGUGGUGGUCCACCAACGGCAGUGAUCUAUGACACGGGUGAUGGUGCUGGCCGGAAUGGUGGAACGGCGGUGGUAGCUGGUACGGUCAUUCUGGAGCAUCAUCAGCAUCAUCACCAGCCGACGAUGGAAAUAUCUGGACCGGCCACAAACCAGACCGGCAGUUCAGUGGCGAGUGUGGUGGUGAGUGGAACUGGUGCAAGUGGUGGAGUAGGAGUUGGGCAGGCGGUAGUAACAGCAGCUGCACCGUCCAGCUUGAUGCUACGUUGCGGCCCGGACGGUAUCGUAGACUAUGGUUUAGACGAUCAAGGUAUCGAUUUGACGCAAUCGCCCGGAAGGGACAGUCCGGUAUCGUUGUCCGGGUCGGCCGGUUCCGGUUCGCGCCACUCGACGGCCAGCCUUGAUUCGGGGCGUGCCUCUUCCUAUCUUACUGGCGCUUCCAACUCGUCCAAUCGCAGCGUGAGUGGUGUGGGAAGUUAUGGUGUCCUUUCAUCUCCCCGCUGUUCCGUUAGUUCUUGCUCGAUCGGUUCCGGAAGCGGAGGUGGUCCUUCCGCGGCAGGUGGCAGUGGUGGAUGUAGCCAUCGGCUGAGCAACCAUUCAUCUAACGGUAGCCGAACCGAUCACGACGUCAUCUCCGAGUGGCUGAUGGAAAUUCACUUUCACGAGUACACCUACCUAUUUCUCGAUGCCGGCUACGAUCUGCCGACGAUCGCGCGUAUGACACCCGAAGAUUUGACCGCGAUUGGCAUCCGCAAGCCGAACCAUCGCGAACGGCUGAAGCGCCACAUCGACGCACUGAAACUUCCGGACGCGCUGCCCGGUUACGUGCCCGGCUCGAUCGACGAAUGGUUGCGGUUGCUCCGGCUGGAAGAGUACGUACAGCCGCUGUUAGCCCAAGGCUACCAAACCGUGCACGACGUGACGCAGCUCACGUGGGAAGAUCUGGAAGACAUCGGCAUCGUGAAGCUGGGUCAUCAGAAAAAGAUUCUGCUCGCCAUCAAGCGCGUGAAGGACAUCAUCAGCGGCAAGAUGAUGGGUCUUACGGCACCGUACGGACUGUCGCCAACGAUUGCACCACGGUCGCCGGCAGCCGGACACGUACGGGCCACCCAUUACGACGAUCUGAGCAUCGGACUGCGGUCGUCCGAUUCCGCGAAACAACACCAACACAAUCUGGCGGUGGCCGGCUCGUACAGUACCUUUCUGCGGCAGCAAUCGGCACCACAGGCUCCACCACCACCAUCGGCACUAAUGAGCGGGGCCGGCGGAAGUGCUCACGUGAACGCGCACCACAACCACCACCAGAUGAUAACGUACCCGCACGUACACUUUGACGGUACGCAAGCGAUUUAUCGACGCAGCUCGUACGACGACAGUGACAUAACACCGACGAACGAGAAGUCUUCCGCGCUGCUCGCACUGUCGGAGGAUCACCAUCACCAUCAUCACUUCAUUGGACCGCAGCAAGGUUGGAUGAUACAUCCGCAAACGCAACAGCAGCAACAGUUUGUCCCGCAACAGCAGCAGCUCGUUCCGCACGCACAGUCCCCAUACUUCCAGGGCGGUGGUACACUCCCGCGGCAGCAUCAGCGCAACGGCUAUGGCGUCCGGUUGGCACUGCUCGGUGGUCCGCCGACGACCACCUCCACAGGUAUACGCCCAAUUGCCAAGAUAGUGGCCAACAACCUGAAGCUUCCAGCGCCCGCCCUAGUGGACGGUGGUGCGACGGGUAGUGGUGGUGGUGGUGGAGGGCUGGAAGCGGGAGAUGCAUCAGACUCGGCCACCUAUCCGGUGCCGAUGCCGAUGCCCCCACUGCUCGGACAGAUCGAGAACGUCGAGAUGGCUACGGCAGCCCUGGACGCGAUGCAUUUUUCCAACUACACCAGCUCGCCUUACGCCGUCCAGCAUCAUCACAUGCACCAUCACACGCUGACGCUUGUGUCGAAGGAGCCGUCCGGUACGCCGGGUGCUACGAUUGCAGCUAAUCCAUCCGUACCUACGAUCGGCCCACCACAACCGCCGCAGCAGCAACAACCACAGCCACCCAUCUAUCACAACACGCAUCAGUCGAUGCUGCUGCAGUCGCACUCUCAGCAGCAGCUACUCCAUCAUCACACGACGCCCUCGUCCUCGACCCAAUCGACUCCAUCGCCACCAACCCUAGGGCAACCACCGGUUGCACCGCAUCUUUCACACGCAUACGGUGGUGUGUACGCGGGCCAAACGCUGCAGACAACUGUCGAGGUGCAUAAGGUGUGCGGUGGCAGUCAGCACGAUAACAAAUCCAACUCGAGCCUCGAAUCGAUCGAUCAGAUACCGUUUGCGAACGAGAAUGCGGGCACUAUCAAGCAGCGGUCCUCGCUGAACCGGAUGGAACACCACUAUCUGCCAGGUCCACCCACGCAACAGCAUCCGCUACUGCUGCCGACCCUUUCCUCCUCCUCUUCCUCCUCUUCUUCCUCGCUGACAGGUUCGAUCACGACGACGCUGGCCACGGGCUGCAUACAGCAGCUGUCACCGUCGACAACACAGCCACAGGUGCAGGCAACCGCCGGUGGUGGUUCUAGCAAUUCCGCUACGACGCCUGCACCAGCAGCAACCGGAGCAGUAGCACCAGCCGCAGCACCACCGGCUGCAUCAGCAACCGUUGUUGCGACAACAGACGAAUCGGCAGCUGUGCCAACGGCGGCAGCCUCGCAGGACAUUUUCGGCACCAACGUGCUGAACGAUAUCGGGAGCAUGCUAGCGAACCUAACCGACGAGCUCGACGCCAUGCUGGAGGAGGAAAAGUGUGCUGGCAUCAGUGAUAAUGAGUAGAGCAGGUUUGAUUUUUAUGUGGUUCCUCCUCGUACCGAUGAGUGUGUGUUGCGUGUGUGAUAAAUGCGAUUAAGCAGGAAAGGUGACAAAACGUCCGGUACGUGUGAUAGAGAGACAGAUUUAUAAUUGUGUCACCAUGAAUUUUGGGAUUUAGAAAAACAUUAAUGGAAUUUUUGCUUUUUUAUUCCUUUUUUUUUUUGUCCUUAAUAUUCCCUUUUUUCGAUCCCACUAUGUGCUGACUUGUUUGUAAACACAAUCGGGACUGUGGGAAAAAAGAAUUCUUUCUGGUGCAAAAAUUUCAUUUACGCGCACAUUGAACUCUGUGGCAAAUGAACUGACGGUAUGAAAAUGAAUGAAUGAAAGCGGAAGGUAGCAAUAGGAAGGAUUUUAGCAUAGUUUAGCGCACGCAUUUACGUGUAUGUGAAGUUUUUUUUAGUAUGAUUUUUACGCUAUAAUGAAUUAAUAUUUCCGAAUGAAAUAACACUGGGUGAGAAUAAGCAUUUUUUUGGAUAUUAUACGUUCGAAUAGGUUGCUUUAUGAAUAUUCUUUUUUUUUCUUUUCUUUGGUAAUGCGCACGCACGAUGCGAUAACAGGUGUAGAUGAUUUUAGAUCGAGAAAUACUAAUAUCUAUAAAUGAAAAGCAUGCGUGUUUGUGUGCCCAAAAUUCCGUUUCUAGAUCUAGAACAAGUAGCAAACCAGGUUGAGGUCAUGGAAAGGAAAAACUGUACUAGUAUUGCCAAUAUGUGCAUGCAACCGAACCAGCAUUCCCAUCCGUGGUAGAUAGUAAUGCGAUUUCUUUUCAAUUUGUGCAGAAGUUUAGAUAAGAUAACAGCAAACACGUUAGGGCAUACGAGUGCAACCUGUGUGUGUGUGUUUUUUUCCAACAUUUUUUCUUAUGUUGGUUGGAGAUUAUUCUGCAUAUAGGACGCGAGCUCGUACGCACACGCAACAAAAAAAGGAUCUUUUUUUUCUACCGUUUUUCGAGAAUGUGGAAUAAAGCACGCUAAAGGACUUAAAAUGAUGUGUUGAUAGGAUGUAAACCAGGAGGCAAUAUUAAUUUUGAUUUCAAUUAAUUUACAGAGUUGAAAGCAAAACUGCUUACGAGGAGACAUGCGAAGAAAGCGAGCCAGAGAAAUAGAGAGAAAGAGAGACUAAAGCAUACGGUUGGCAGAAAGCGAAAACAAACCCAUAUCUGUUAGGCAGAAGAGAGAGGACAUACCCGGGUCGGGUCCGUCGAAACAUUCAUUUAUUUACUAUAUUAAUUUUAAGGAUUGUGUGUGCGCGCGGAUCGGUGCGUGUGCCCCAGUCUAAGAAGUUUCUCUUCUCCGGGCUAGAGUUGUUACAAUGUUACUCAUGAAUGUUUACAUCUCCUUCGUGUAUUUUAAUUAUCUCAUGCUCGUUUUAGGUGCGCACUAUGGGCUAAAGCAACACACGUACUUCUCUACGUACUGGAAAAUGAAACGAAACGUUAAAAAAAAACAAAUAAGCUAUCUAAUAAUAUGAUUGGUUCAUUUUGCUUGAUUUAGAACGCAAGCAAGCAGCUUAUAGGGAAAGUGGCAGCUCGAAUUGUUAGUUCCCGACGAUAUCCCCCUUUUUUAUACACAUACCACAUACCACACCUAAACACAUACCUUUAGAAAGCAUAUACGAGAUAUAGAAAAGAAACAUUUGGUUUUCCCCGUUUUCCUAAUCCGGAACCCGGAUAAUUCGGGUCCCUAGCUCCUGGGUCAACGCCGUUCGUUUAUAAUAAAUUCUUUCCUCUUAUGAGCGCUGAAGGGAACAUAAGUAGUAGGUGUAGCUAUAUUAGUAAUUGUAGUCUUUAUGAAGUGGAAAGCAGAAGGAAGUAAAGGAACCUCAUUUUCGGAUUCGGAUGAAUACUACAACAGUAAGGGAUGUAUUAACUAGGCGUUGUAGAGACACGUAUGCAGACACGGAGGAAUAUGGUGGUGUGUAACGAUGUCCUCCACGCAAAGAAAAACAAUCCCUGAUUGUUUGCUGUGAAAGAGCUUUUUUCAUGGCCAAUCGUGUGUUUAUUACGGAGGAUCGCGGUGAUAACGCAAACUUAAGAGUAGGUGUGUAGAGAUUCUUGAAGAUUCCAAUUUUCCGUUAUUACUAACCGCCGGCGUUCCCGUUUAAUGUUAGUUUAGUUCAAUUCUUUUUUCGUAAAACCUUUUAUUCCAUUUCCGCCCAACUCAACUGCUUUCUGGCACAAACAACCUCAGGAGGUAUACAACUUCAAUUCUUAUCUUUUUGAUUUAAAAUUCGUGUAGCUGGGAGAGUUUCCCCAACAACAGUGAGACGAUCGAGCAAUCUGCACAUAAAUCCUUCAAACCUUGUAAACCUGUAGCGUAAUCAUUCAUCCAUAUCUCCUCCCUCUCUCUCUCUCUCUCUCUCUCUCUCUCUCUCUCUCUCUCUUUCUCUCUCUCUUUCCCCGUCGCUUCCCUUUCUUCUCAUCGAUAAAGGAUAAACAAUAAUGAUAAUAAACCAGGGACAGAGCAAGCUGAAAAUGCUGCUUACUAAUGUAUCCAUUCCUAUAGGCACGUGGUAGUAGAUAAAAUAAAAUCGUAACCCAGUCCAAGGUCAGGUGUGCGUUGUUAUGCCAUCCCCCGUUAGUAGACGCAGCAGCAGUAGAAGCAUUUUCGCAUCUUCUACAAGUUUUGUGUACGUGUGUACGUGUGUGUAUGUGUAUUGUACUGUGGUGUCCUCUCCAACAAAAUUACAGAUCUCGUUGAUUUACAAAACAAAAACAAAAAUUUGGAGCAAAAGAAGGGAACGGUACGAAUAAUAUAGCAAAGAGAUAAUAUGCGGUAAUAGUAGAAAAAGAAAAAAGAAGCCUUUCACCGUUCCGGGAAAAACCCCGAAGAAAAUCUUAUAGAAAGUAAUACAAAACAAAAAAAAAACGAUAACACGUAAACAACAAUAAUUCUUCCGACAUAAGAAAAGAAAAACGGAAUCAACUGUGUCCUGUGCGUGUGCGUUCAGCAGUUCCCAGGAUCCAGCAUCCAGGGUUUCUCACAAAACUUCAUGUCGAAAAAGAGGGCACAGGAUGGCAGAACAGGAAUGUUAUAGUAGUAGAACUUUUAGAGGAUAUUACUCACGUAUUAAGUGACGCGGUACGAACGUUAGGCAAAAUAUACAAACAUCCCGCUCUCCCGAUACAAGGCAAUAGGAAUAACAUUGCGUUUGGUGUAAGGGAAUUCUAUUAUGCGGGUGCCGUAAACACCUCGAAAAACAGUGACAGGAGAUGAUAGUAAAACAUGCAAAUGCAAAUGCAAACUCAAUUAUUCCGUCGAUUUUUUUAAAACAAACAAUACAUACAUUCCUCCCGCAGCAUCAUCAUACACCAAACUCCCAUACAAGCGUAAUACACUCGAGGGUGAUAAAGAGACAUAAAGGGAAAGAGCGAUAAAGGGGGAGAGAUAUAUACAAUGUGUACUGUACAGGGAAUAUAGGGUACGCGAGCGUCCGGCAUCCUUUACUUUUGAUACGCAGAGGAUCAAAACGGCUCAGGCAACGUCCCUAGUUUUAAGUUUCUCGUCUCCCCAUUUCCAAUAGCUUCACAUGCGCAGUUUUUGUCAUAUUUAUUCAUCCACCUUCCUAGUAGGUUUUGUGUUCAAUGUUUAUAAUUUUAAAAGCAGCCAGAUGUUUUAAGGAAGGAGAGCCGAUAUGAAGAUAGUUUCAAUGUUUAAAUUUUACACGUUCCCCAGCAACUGAGGAGAGAUUUCACAUUAGACACGACGACGAGGACGGACUUCAAAAGCACGUCCCUAGCAAGAAGAUCUAUUUACUUUCCCCUUUACGUUUCAGUUUAGAUUUUUUUUACGCAACGAAGCAUAUUUUUAUGUUUGAUGUGUGUAACCGUAUGUGUGUGAGUGUGACAAACGCGGUCGGGGUUGAAUUAUCUGUUUUCGUACCUUGUAAUGUGUUCCUUCCAAUUAUUCGUUUGUGGCUCACAACGCAACAAACGCGUCCGAAGGGUUUAUUUCGCCGUAUCUUCAUAGGGUAUUAUUUUCAUUCCAUUGUGGCAAAACGUAACGAUUUAUGUUUAUUAAAUUUUGUUUUGUCUCCAUUCCUCAAAGAUUUGCCUUUCGCACGAGGCAAACCAAACACCCACAAGCUUAACGGCAAUGCAAAAGAUGAAAAUGAUAAUGAUAAACAUAAAAAAAGCGAAAAACAUCAAAAGCAGCUCUGCAACCACCGGCAUGGAUGGAAAAGCUUCCGUUCCAGGUGGAAAAGAAAUUUAUUUCAAAGUGAUGUUGAGUAACGGAUAUGCAGCUGAUGUAUAGGAAAUGGGAAAAAAUAAGCAUUUCUGCAACAUGAGUAAACAAAAAAAAAGCGAUUGGAAGGACGAUUUACACAUAACAAAAGGAGGGUGAAAGCGCGGCAUAUUCUUCAAUACAAGAAAUUUCUCACAUGAAGGAACAAAACGAAAAAAAAGAAUAGAGAAAAGGAAAACAGUAAUCAUAAACACAGGAAGGUACAUUAGGAAAACUUACAAAAGUGCGGGAAAAACAUGAAACGAAAUGAAGAGAAAAAAUCGAAACACGUAGCAGCAUACACAACGUAAGCAAAAGGAAUAUUGUAAUAUUAAAUACAUUUGAAAAGUAUAUAUGAUACAAUAAAAAAUGUAACAAAAAA